AUGGAAGCCAAGAAUACUCGCGAUAUAGUUUGCUUACUCCCACAUGGAGGCGAUAAUGACAGCUUCUUCUCAAGACUAUCUAACUAUCAACCGAUCACUCAUACAGAAUUAAAAGUGAAGUCAUAUCCGUUGGAUCAAAUAGUCAAUCAAUCGGUACAGGAGUCUCUUGUCAUACGGGAUCUACUCCAUGUGUUAGUUGGUUACGAAGGAGUCUACAUAAGGUAUAAUAAUAGUUAUGAUCCUACUAAGAGGGAUAAUGGCACGAUGCUUUAUGAUAUUAUUGGCCCCGAUUUCAAAAUUGCAAAAAACAUGGAUCCUUCAUUAAAGAGUGUGGCUAAGAGGAUAAGUAAGACAGGUCGGUUAUAUGUAAUACUAAGUGAGUUUAUCAGUCGGUUUGAGUUGACCAAGUUUGGUACAGUAAUCCAUCGCCUAUGUUCAGUUAUACGUGAAUUCAUUCAGGAUGAGUAUUUACCAUUUAUUGUUGGACGAAUGGAACGAUCUUUCCGCGAAGAUACUUGCUUUGGGAUCCAGAUCAUGGAGCAAAUGUUGAAUGAGGAGAUCGUGUACCGCGCUCGAUUACUAUACGAACUGGUCGUAAAUGUUAUGAAGGAGAUGGAGCGCAGAGACAAAAUGGACUUAGCCAAAGCAGAUUUUGACAACUUUAUGCAGGACUUGAAGAUGGGGGGAGAAAAUGGCUCUAGCGACGAUAGUAGCGUCAACGGGAUGCUGGUGACCGAUACCCGUGUAUCUCCUGUGGCUAAGGGGGGAGUAGUGCUUCAGAUCUUGCUUGAGAAGCUGAGAAAAAACUGGGGGGACCACCGGAACCUUCAGUUUCUGCGGCAUGUUUGGACGAAGGUUUCAGAGCCCUACUGCGAGAUGCUUAACGCCUGGCUGGUCAAAGGCGAACUGAACGACCCGUACGGGGAGUUCCUGAUCAGCAAUACCUCAACAGACGGCAAUAUUGCUCUGAAUUCCAUUAAUAGCGAACGGCUAUGGGAUACGCAGUAUGUCAUACGGAAAGAAGGACUUACGGAGCAGUUCCAAGAUCGUCAGCUUCAGUAUAAAGUGCUAAUGACCGGGAAGUUGCUAAACCUUUUUAAACAGUGCUGUAGAUCUACGGCUCUUCUUCCUGACGUUGAUGAACAGGAGGGCGUCGUCAAGGAAAUCCCAGAAGGAACCCAGCUGCUUGUCUAUCUUGAUAAAUGGUACCAGCGCGCUAAUAACAUGUGCUGGGAGCUUUUCCAGGACGGAUACCAGCUACCGAAAGCAUUGUACCAGUUCCACCGGCACUUCAUGCUUUACAACAAUGAAGACUUCCAAAAUAAAUUCUUUGGGCGGUCAAUGAUAGAACUUACUAGAAGCAAAUCUAAAUCUAUAGAGCUCAGGCUGCAACGGACAUGGCAACAAUAUCAGCGCUACUGUGUCACCACUGGACAGGAUCUGGUGCUACAGCUCACAACCCUAAGGCUCGACCCAAUGUCCUUGGCAGAUGUCAUCAUGCAGUUCGAAGAAAACGAUGAAACCGAAACAGCUCUCCCAACAAACUCGAUACCCGCUCCCACCCUCUUUGCAUCGUCCACUGCCGUAACUCGUAAUUCACUCUUCCAAGCGCGCAACUUUACAAGUCUCAAGGACAUGCUGCUUCGCGACCUUGAAGCUCCUCCCCAUUCUGCAGGGUCCCUCUCUGACGCCAGCGGCCAGACCUCCCCUAAUACACCCAAAAAACCACUACACAGCAUUCACCAUCUUCAAUUCGACAUCAUCAUCCCGUUCCCCCUAAAUACACUCAUAUCCAAGCCGUUCGUUGUAGAAUACCAAAUAGUACAACGCCACCUACUCCUACUACUAUACUACAACCACCUUCUGGAGGAUACCUGGUUCGAAACAAACAAAGUCUGGCCCGCAAGGCCUCAAUCCCCCAUCCGUGGCACACUGAAACGUGCCAGGGUCCUACACAAUUACUUGGCACAACUACUAAAGGCACUAUACGAGUACACCGCUUACGACGUCAUCGACCCAGACUGGCGCCGACUCACCUCUGUCAUUCACGGAAAACCCGUACCUUUUGCCCGUCUACAGUUAGCCUUACAUGACUAUCUCGCUAGUGUAAUGGCUUCAAAUCUCCUAACAGACACCCAUCUACAUCGUCUCGUGCUGCAGAUUCUUGAAAUCACUCACCGCUUCUGCAAGUUUAUAUCCGCUCUACGCCCAACCGUAACCGAGACUGUUCCAGACAGGCCUGAAAAUAUUCGCUAUAUCUCUACUGUGUCCGAAUCACUACGUGAUCACGUGCGCGCACUUGUUGAAGGGAUCCGCCAUCACAACCAACGUGGCCACACAACCCCUCGUGUUCUUCUGCUGGUUGAGCGUCUUCUCGCGUUUGUUCAAGCCUAG